AUGAUGGUUUCACACAAAUCGGAUAAUGUCGUCUAUGACUCUGAAAGUGGGUCAGAAUAUGAAGAUGUGGUGUACCAGCCACCAAAACACUUUCGGAAGAUUGCCUUACCCAACCCACAAGUCUCCACACAAAAUAAAGAAGUCUGGUUGAUCAACACUCCUAGAGACUUCCCUGUCUCGAAGUUGAAAACUUUACCCGUCUCUUUCACGGCCACCAAAGUCAAAAACGAUGGUGUUAAGCCUUUCACGGUACAGAACAGUGACUUCCAGGUUAACGAGGAGCACUUCUCGUCCGACACAGCCAAGUACGCCAUCGUCAAUGGUGACUUGCUCAAUAAAAAGAUAGAUAGAUUCUUCACCAUUAGAGAGGUUGUGCGCAUUCCCGAAAUAAACUAUGAUGUGAUGGUGGAGCCAAGGCAAGAUGUCGAGAAGGCAGAAAACUUGAGAAUGCGACACUUUGCCACGGGAUACGCGGCCAAUGACUUUAAAGAAGCACAGCCAAUCCCCGAGACUCGGCUUGAUGCUGAUGGGAAGGUGAUCAAGAGACCAAGAACCGAAACCAAGAAGACAGAGCUCAAGGAAGAGAAGAAAGACAAGAAGGAGAAGAAAGACAAGAAAAGGGAGAAAAAGGAAAAGAAAGACAAGAAAAAGAAGAAGGAUUAG